UCUACCGAAGCUAAACUCUAGCUUUCCACCGAGAAGGAAAAGAGCGACUGUGACUGGAGCAGCUGAUUGAAACUCUAAGAUAAACAAGACAAGAGAUCAACUUGAUCGGAAGAGUUUCUCAAGCUCAGACUACAAGAAGACUUCCUCCACAAAGAUUUUUGGAAGAUUUUUUUUCAUUUUUUACUAAAACUCAGAAAAGAUGUCUGCUGGACUGAAGAAUGUUUUCUUGCUGCCUUUGCUGUGCAUCGUGUUCUCCAACAUGGCUGCGAGUCAGGAGUGCAGUGGCAAGUGUUCGUGCCCGGCCACCCCUCCUCAGUGCCUCCCUGGGGUGAGCCUCGUGCUGGACGGCUGCGACUGCUGCAGGGUGUGUGCCAAGCAGAUGGGGGAGCUCUGCACGGAGAAAGAUGUGUGCGACCCACACAAAGGCCUCUACUGUGACUUCGGAGCCCCAUACAACAGACGCAUAGGAGUGUGCACAGCUCGAGAGGGAGCCACCUGUGUGUUUGCCGGCCAGGUGUACAAAAGCGGAGAGACGUUCCAGAGCAGCUGCAAGUACCAGUGCACCUGUCUGGAUGGAGCUGUGGGCUGUGUCCCGCUUUGCUCCAUGGACAUCAGGCUGCCCAGCCCCGACUGCCCCAUGCCAAGACGCGUUAAAGUGCCCGGGAAGUGCUGCGAGGAGUGGGUGUGUGAUUCCCUCCACAAGAACUCCUUCGUGGGGUCUGCUUUGGCUGCAUACAGAGAGGAGGAGACUUAUGGCCCUGAUCCUAAUAUGAUGAGGGAAAACUGCCUGGUUCAGACUACUGAGUGGAGUGCCUGUUCUAAGACCUGUGGCCUUGGAAUUUCUACCAGAGUCACCAACGACAACCGUGAAUGCCGACUGGAAAAACAGACCCGGCUGUGCAUGGUGAGACCAUGUGAGUCACAGCUGGAGCAGAGCAUUAAGAAAGGGAAAAAGUGCAUUCGCACUCCUAGAGUGUCCAAACCGAUGAAGUUUGAGAUCUCCGGCUGCACCACCACCAAAUCCUACAGGCCAAAGUUCUGCGGCGUCUGCCUGGACGGCCGCUGCUGCACCCCCCACAGGACCACCACCCUGCCCAUGGAGUUCAAAUGCCCCGACGGGCAGGUCAUGAAGAAGCACAUGAUGUUCAUCAAGUCCUGCGCCUGCCACCACAACUGCCCCGGGGAGAACGACAUCUUCGAGUCCAUGUAUUACAAGAAGAUGCUGGGGGACAUGGCGUGAAGCCACCCGAAGAGCAACCAGGGCUUAUGACUUGAAAACUAACAGAACUCCAUCUCAAUUUGCAGCUCAGUAUAUAUGUUUUUUAAUGUUUUAUUUUUGUGAUUUAAAAAAAAAAAAUUGUUAAAGUAGCCCAGACACUUGUCGUAGUGUCUGUGAGUUGUGUACGGCUGGUGCAUGUCAGCCAAAUAGACUCAGACAGAGGGUUGCCUAGCAGCCCCGAGAGAUUCCUGCACUAUAACUUCUUUUUUUUUUUUUUCUGACAAACCUACCGUCAGGUUUCUGCCCAUUUCUUGUUGUACAAACCCAUCCAUUUUUACUGUAUGCAUUUUUGUACCAUAUCCAAAUGUUGACAUCCUCUCUAAUUGAGGCAACUAAUUAGUCCUCCCCUCCCCACCCUGAGUCCAAGACCAGACCUGUAAACUAUUAGCAGCUGUAAAGGGAGCGUGCAGACCACAGCAAGCCAGUGUUUUACUGUCCAAACAGGUCUGAAUGUGUUCUUGUGUGUGUGUGUGUGUAUGUGUGUGUGUGUGUGUGUGUGAGAGAGAGAGAGUGCAGGCCUGAAUGCCAGCCUUGUCUGUGUGUACACUGUUCACUCUGCUUCCAGAGCGGAGGAAAGGUCAGAGUUUCCGCCCAACACGAGGAUGAGAAAGCAAGCAGCAAGCUGAGUUCAGGGUUAGAAAACGGAGCACAGUGGGCUUUGUCAUGGCACUGAGAAAAGAAGAAAAACCAUGUGCUGACUGUAACCGAUUCAGGUCAGAAAGAAAUCAAGCGUCUUUUGGAACUAAAAACGUCUAUUUUGUAGAGAAAAGAAAAAUGAAGAACAGACUGGAAGAAUUUUAAUUCUCAUUCCUAUUUUAAUGUUGAUAUGUAAAUUGUGUAUAUAUUUGUACAGCUUAAGUUAAUUUAAAAAGCCAAAUUUGUUCUAUGCUUUAAAAUGUACCAAUAGUGCUUUUUUGUUCUUUUUUUUUUACUAUUCUAUUGAGAAGUGUGACAAAAUGUUACAUGUUUCACUUUGUAGCUGGAAAUAAAAUCUUAUAUUUUUAUACAAA